AUGCCUCUCUUCAGUUCGAAAAACAACAAGUUCAAGGCAAACCCGCCCAAGAUUCGCGUCGAAAAGGUCGCCGUCAGCCGCCCCGCUCCGAAGCCGGCGAUCCCGUCCUCGUCCAGCGCGCGCUCCCCCCUCGCCACCGCAUCUGCCUCUUCAUCCUCUGCCCGACCCUCGCCGCGACCCUCGCCCAAGCCCAAUCCGUCCUCUGGUCUCGCCCGUCGCCAAAGCAGCCACUCACCCUACCCUUCGUCGUCGGACGAGCGUCGCGGGACAAGCACAACCUCCACCAGCACAGCAGACCGGAAGCGCAAGGCCGGCGGCUCCGGCGGCUCCUCGUCCCGCAGCGGUUCCGCCGCAGUACGCAGGUCGCCAGCCGUCGAGCGCGUCAAGUUCGACAAAGACAGCGACGCUGAGGACGACGAGUGGCUGACCCUCGAGACGCGCAAGCGACAGCGUCAGGCCACCCAUGACAGCCGAUCCGAGGACCUGAACCGCCGACUCGGCAACCCGCGCUCCUUUGACGGUCACCACGAUGACCUCGAGUUCGUUCACGCCGACCAGCUAGCCUCUCUCGACAACCGAUGCGUGCCCGUCAUGGGUGCCGUGAAGGAGGAUGUUGACAUACAGUUGCAGUACCCGAGUCUAUGUCCGCGAGAAAGAUUUCAACUGGUAUGGGCCAAGGACAAGAUCGACGCCAUCGAUGCGAGCAUCAAGGUCGUCCGACUAGUGGCGGAAAACUACCUCGACGAGAACGCGGCCGAGCCGUUCACCAACCACACGACAGGUCUAAUACGGCGGCUGGAAAAGGCGUCCAACCGUAACGUGCAGGACCUGAUGGGAUUUAAGGCUGCCCUGAGCGAGUACAACGAGACGCUUCUGCAGCUGGUCGAGGAUGGCGUCGUGUCCAGGAACCUCGAGUCGCGCCACGAGCUACCGCGCCACCUGGCCGCCUUCAUCCUCGACCAGAUAUACGACCGCACUGUGGCGCCCCACGUUGACCUGCUGGCCAAGUACGAGAACGGCACCGAUUUCGUGUACGGCGAGCUGCUACAUCCCUUCGUGUCCAAGAUGCUUGUCGACGACAUCAAGAUGAGCUCCAACCAGGUCUUUGUCGACCUGGGGUCCGGCGUCGGCAACGUCGUCCUUCAAGCCGCCCUCGAGGUCGGCUGCGAAAGCUGGGGGUGCGAGAUGAUGGACAACGCAGCCAACCUGGCAGAAGCCCAGCACCGAGAGUUCGCCGCCCGCUGUCUUAUGUGGGGCAUCAAGCCCGGGGAGACGCAUAUUGAGAGGGGUGAUGUGCGUAAGAACAUCCGCAUCCAUGAUGCCCUCAAGCGCGCAGAUGUCGUAUUGGUCAACAACAAGGCCUUUACAGCCCAACUCAACGACGACCUCGUCCGCAUGUUCCUUGACCUCAAGUCUGGCUGCAAGGUCAUCUCGCUCAAGUCGUUUGCCGGCGAGUCGUCGAGCUACAACGUCAACGACGUCGGGAGCACCAUCCUCGAUGUCGAGGAGCACACGUACCCGGAAGGGUAUGUGAGCUGGACCAAUGCGGGCGGGGCGUAUUAUAUCGCCACACGCAAGUAA